CGAGGCGCGGGAGGCGGCGCGCGCGGGACCCAUCGGCAGCAGCGCCCGGGCCAGACGGAGCUCCGAGCCUUGCGGUCCCGGACCCCGGCGGAGAUCCGCGCCGGCCAUGUGGGGUCCUGGGGUCACCACCGAGGGCCUGUCGGUGGCUCCAGCGCCGCCGCCGCUGCUACCUCUGCUGCUGCUGCUGGCGCUGGCGUUGGUGGCGCCCUCCCGGGGCGGCGGGGGCUGCGCGGAGCUGGCGUGCGGCGAGCGGGAGCGCUGCUGCGACUCGGCCAACGCCACGGCCGUGCGCUGCUGCAAGCUGCCGCUCCACGCCUUCCUAGACAACGUGGGCUGGUUCGUCCGCAAGCUCUCUGGGCUGCUCAUCCUGCUAGUGCUCUUCGCCAUCGGCUACUUCCUGCAGCGCAUCAUCUGCCCCAGCCCACGCAGGUACCCGCGUGGCCAGGCGCGACCUGGCCAGGCGCGACCGGGGCCUCCCGGGGGUGCCGGACCGCCGGGGACAGCGGGGCCACCCGACGACGACGACGACUCGCCCGCUCUGCUGCGCGACGAGGUGGCGGCGGGCUCGCAGGACUCACUGCUGGACAGUGGCGGUGGUCGGGGCCGAGGAGGUGGCGGACGCCUGCCCCCCUCCAGCGUUUCGGAGCACGAACUGCGGGUGGUGUCACCGGUCUUUCUCCAGCUGCCCAGCUACGAGGAGGUCAAGUACCUUCCCACCUAUGAGGAAUCCAUGCGGCUGCAGCAGCUCAACCCGGCGGAGGUCGUGUUGCCUGUGUCGGUGCUCGGCCGCCCGCGAGGCGGCAGUGCCGGGGACCCCGACGGCGGCCAGGGCCGUUUCCCGCUCAUCUGAGUGCAGGGAGCCUCACCGGGAUCGCCGGGACCGUACAGGAUUGGGGGCUGUGGGUGGCACUCAACUGCAGGUGUGUUGGCAGCCGCCACUGACUGCCUCUGAUCACACCUAGCAUCCCCGCGCAACCUGUAGCCUGGCGCCCAAGUCGGGGUCAGCCCCCUCCCUCUCGCUUCCCGGGGAAUCUGUGGUUUUCUAUGUUUCUUUGGGCUCAAGGCUAGGCAGCUCGGCGGGGCAAUGGCUUUGGAUUAGCCCCCCAGCUCUUCUUGGACGGUCGUCCCCGCCCUCUGCCAUGCCUCCCCUUGUGUUCACUGUAAGUGCCUGCUUCUCCAAUCCAAAAGAACACGGAAACCAUUUGGUGUGUCUAGAGACCCGCGGCUUGCUUUAAGGUUAAAAGGGAAGGAGCACAGGUUCAUUCCUUGCUCUCCUGCUCGAACAGGUCACAGUCUCCCAGGACAUAAUAGUGAGGAGCCUUUGGCUCUGGACCUCGACCAGUGACUGCUGCAUGCAGGUCUGUGGAAGCAGUACUUGGCUGUGAGGGGAUCCCUUGAGAAGGACCCAGAAAACCCUUUGGCGUCUUCCUGGCCGAGCAUAUAGUUACAGCUGAUGGCUCGCAGUUUUGUUGGGGAAGGGAUACCAUGAUGGAUGGUUUAGCGGCUGCAUCUGUUCAAGAUGUAGCAACUUAUUAAUCCAGACCGUAUUUGCAAUAUGGUACCGACGGGCUUUGAUUUUUCAGUUUGUAGACUGUUUUGUCUUGUAUUUUUCUAUUUUAUCAUGCAUUAGACAAUUCAACAAAUUGACAAGAUAAUCAGUUUUGUUUUAGGCCAGUCAUCCUCAAGAAAUCGCCCG